AUGGCUGAAUCGCUGCUGCUUCCCGUGGUGCGCGGCGUGGUCGGCAAGGCCGCCGACGCGCUCGUCCAGAAGGUCACCCGCAUGUGGGGCGUCGACGGCGACCGCCGCGACCUGGAGCUGAAGUUGCUGUAUGUGCAGUCCCUGCUGGCGGACGCCGAGGCGAAGGCCGAGGCGGAGAACGAGGCCGGCCGCGCUGUCAAGGCGUGGAUGAAGGAGCUCAGGGCCGCCGCGUACCAGGCCGACGACGUCCUUGACGACUUUCAGUACGAGGCGCUGCGCCGCGAGGCCCUGAGCCUUCGGUCUACCACCAGCAAGGUACUUGACUACUUCACCUCCAGGAAUCCACUCCGCGAGCCAGUAGCGCCACAAACUCUGUAUCGGCAAACGCACUCUGCACUGGACGAGUCUGCAGAUAUCCUUGGAAGGGACGACGACAAGGAAGUCGUGGUGAAGAUGUUACUCGACCAGCAAGAUGAGCGGAAUGUGCAGGUUCUGCCCAUCAUUGGAAUGGGAGGUUUGGGCAAGACCACACUAGCCAAGAUGGUGUACAAUGACAGCAAAAUUCAGAAGCACUUUGAGUUGAAGAUGUGGCACUGUGUGUCAGACAACUUUGAAGCCAUUGCUAUUGUGAGGUCCAUCAUAGAGUUGGCUACAAAUGCAAGAUGUGACCUACCUGACACCAUCGAGCUACUGCGAGCAAAACUGCAGGAAGUCAUUGGCUGGAAAAGGUUCUUACUGGUUCUUGACGACGUGUGGAAUGAAGAACAACAGAGGUGGGAGGAUGACUUGAAACCACUGCUAUGUUCUUCCAUUGCUGGAUUGGAAAGCAUGAUAGUUGUCACAAGUCGAAGCCAAAAAGUUGCCUCUAUAAUGGGCACCCUUCCACCACAUGAACUAGCAUGCUUGAGUGAAGAUGAUUCAUGGGAGUUGUUCUCAAAGAAAGCAUUUAGUAAAGGAGUGGAGGAGCAAUCAGAGUUGAUAAAAAUUGGCAAACAUAUUGUCAACAAAUGCAAGGGGCUACCUCUUGCUUUGAAGACAAUGGGUGGAUUGAUGAGUUCCAAACAUACAAUCAAGGAAUGGGAGGCCAUCGCAGAGGAUGAUAGGGAUCGUAAAGAUGAAGUACUGUCCAUUCUGAAAUUGAGCUACAUGCACUUGUCAUCUGAAAUGAAGCAAUGCUUUGCCUUCUGCGCGGUAUUCCCUAAGGACUAUGAGAUGGAUAAGGAUAAGUUAAUCCAGCUAUGGAUGGCAAACAAUUUUAUUCAUGCAGAGGGAACAACAGAUUUGGUGCAGAAAGGUGAAUUUGUUUUCAACGAGUUGGUGUGGAGGUCAUUUAUUCAAGAUGUGAAUGUCAAGAUAAUUGACCGAUAUAAUUUUGGUCCAUACAAGGGUUUCGGUCCAUACAAGCAAAUUGGAUGUAAAAUGCAUGAUUUAAUGCAUGAUUUAGCAAAAGAAACUACAGAUGAGUGUGCCGUUGUAGCAGAGUUGAUUCCACAGAAAACAUUGAUAAACAAUGUACGUCACAUCCAGUUGUCACGACCUAAGUUGAAACAACAAAUCACUAGAUUGAUGGAAAACUCAUCUCCUAUCCACACUUUAUUAACUGAGUCAGGGCACAUGUAUUUUAAUGAAUCAGAUUACAAGGCACUUAAGAAGUUAAAUCUUACAUCAUUAAGAGCGCUAUGUUGGGGUAAUAAAAAACUCUUAAAUACAACACAUUUAAGAUAUCUUGAUCUUUCUGAGUCAACAAUUGUUAGAUUGUCGAAUUCAGUUUGUAUGUUGUAUAAUUUGCAAUCACUGAUCCUCAACCAUUGUUGGAACCUAGAGCUUUUACCAGAAGGCAUGCGAACUAUGAGAAAGCUCACCCCCAUUUAUCUAACUGGAUGUCAUAGGUUGAAGCGGAUGCCUCCAAAACUUAGUUUGCUACACAGCCUCUGCACACUGACAAACUUUGUUGUGGACGUUGGCGAUGGCUUUGGUAUUGAGGAGCUAAAGACCUGA